UCACCAGGUGCAGCUUGCUUGCUUUCUCCCUCCCUCCCUCUUGCUGUUAACAAGCAGCUCUAACUGGUUAUGGAUCUGAAAAUCAAAUGGGAUUAAGAAGAAGAAGAAGAAGAUGCAGAAUGACAUCGGACUUCUAGAGAACAGCUAUGAAUACAUGCAAAUAUCAGGUGCCCAAACUCAAGGUAAAAUCUAUCCAUCAUCCCAAGAUGAUUUAGACAAAAAUUAAUGAUAGUACGGGCAUGCUUAUGUGCUAGGAUUAAUUUUAUUGGCAAGGAAAUUGUAACCGUGGAAAAAGGCAAUGGAACCAGCAAAUCUGACCUCUCAGAGCCUUCUUUCUGAAAUUCAAAACAACACCAGCAACCUCUUCCUGGGGCUCCAGCUUGUCCAGUUCUUCAAGCCUCUCAUUAUUCCUUGCUACUCUCUGGUGGUCUUUGUUGGUGUCAUUGGGAAUUACCUCCUUAUUUAUGUUAUCUGCAAGACUAAAAAAAUGCACAAUGUCACCAAUUUCCUUGUGGGCAACUUGGCAUUCUCAGACAUGCUAAUGUGUGCCACCUGUGUACCCCUGACUUUGGCAUAUGCCUUUGAACCCAGAGGGUGGAUCUAUGGACGCUUCAUGUGUUACUUUGUGUUCCUGAUGCAGCCGGUCACCGUAUUUGUGUCUAUUUUCACUCUGACUGUCAUUGCUGUAGACAGGUACUAUGCCAUGGUUUAUCCCCUUCAGAGGAGACUGACAAUAUCUAUCUGUGUGUAUAUCCUGGCUGCUAUUUGGCUAUUGAGUUGCAUACUAGCUGCCCCAGCCUUGGUCCGUACUUACCAUGCAGAAUUUCCAGAGCUGGACUUCUCCAUUUGUGAAGAAUUUUGGUUCCACAGGAAAAAGGAUCGCUUAGCUUAUGCCUACAGCACCCUCAUCCUCACCUACGUUCUGCCCUUAAUGGUCAUCUCUGUCUCCUACCUGAGGAUCUCAGUCAAGCUGAAAAACCGAGUCGUUCCUGGUAAUGUUACCCAGAGUCAAGCUGAGUGUGACCGAGCUAAGCGGAGGAAGACUUUUCGUCUGCUUGUCUUGGUGGUCACUGCCUUUGGAGUUUGCUGGCUGCCGCUGCAUCUCUUCAAUGUCAUCAAAGAUGUCGAGAUCAGACUGAUAGACAAGCAAUACUUCAACCUUAUUCAGCUGAUUUGCCAUUGGUUUGCAAUGAUGUCUGCUUGCACAAAUGCUUUCCUUUAUGCCUGGCUACAUGAUCGGUUUAGGGGGGAGCUCAAGAAAAUGUUUGCUUGGAGGCAGAAAAAGACAGCACCUGCCACAAACUGCAUUGCGGCUAGCAUGGCUUUGUAAGGGUGGGGUUCCUUCUCAUUUCUCUAACUUUUGCCAUGCUCUUUACCUGAUGCAAAAGUUUAAGCAAACCCAGAUGACACAGCACAAAACAGUUCUUCCCUUAAACACAAAUAAGUUGUACCAAUGUAGCCCAUGGUUAUAUGCUUUCUUACUUAGCACAAUAUACUCAUCAUAACUGCUAUUUCAAUAUUGUGGUUUAUUGCGGUAAAAUAUCACAUAUGUGUAUACAGGGGAAAAACAUAGGAGAAACAGAAUAUGAAUUUUGUGGGGGAAAAAAGAGAGGAAUUUCAACGAGUAAGAAGGAAACCUGAAAAAAUACCCCAACUGCUGACUCCAUAUAAGCCAUGCCAUGCUACAGGAUGACUUAACUGGACUGCGAUGCGGGGGAGAUGGUGGUCUUAUGGGUACAUACCUUGCAUCCAUAUAUCUAAGGAGAAGGAGAGGGUGGGUACAUUUCCAUAAAUGUGAAAGAAAAACCAUUAUAAAACAUUUAAGUGAAUAUUUUCACUUAAAUAUGUUUGAUGAGAGAAAUAUCUCUUCCAUAAGUGAGUGGACUCUUUUUUACCAGGUGCCUUAUUUUUAAAAUAUUCCUAAUUUUAAUCUACUGAAGGCUGGGAUGGGAUGAGUGGGAUAGGUAUGAGCUGUGCCUGGAUGGAAACUAGGAGAUUUGAGGAAAAUUCCUUGGAUUCAUUUAAUUGCAAGAGCUGUUGUCCUGACUUUGCUUUGUAACAUGUAGUCUUGUUGGGACUGUGACAAGAUCCCUCUGUAAAAUUCUUUGAAGCUUCCUGUAAAAAAAGCAUCUGGCUCUACCAGAACCUGAUCAUUUCUUUGCUUCUGACUUUCUCUGUUUUUGUCUGUUUACUUUUGUUUCUGAUUAGAGUAGGGGUCUCCAACCUUGGCCACUUUAAGCCUGGUGGACUUCAACUCUCAGAAUUUCCCAGCCAGCUUUGCUGGCUGGAGGAUUCUGGGAGUUGAAGUCCGCCAGGCUUAAAGUUGCUAAGGUUGGAGACUCCUGGAUUAGAGGAUUUAUAUUGCCCAUCUCAACUUCGGCAACAACUCAGCUAACUGUUUUUCUUCACGGCCGACUCCUGAAUCAUAAUAUAUGAUUCCACAAUUCUUUUGUUCUACCACUUAUGUUACAGUCUGGCCUAUUUCUAAAGAAUAUCAUUUUAGCAUGCUUUCAUUCCCCUUAUUAUAUGCAGUGGAGAGACAGGUAUUAGGUUUAUUACUGUCAUGUUAUUGUCUUUAAAGAAUGGAAGAAUCUUGUCGCCUGUUUUGCCAUGUUUGAUGUUUACAUUUUCUCUUAUGAUGACUCCUUCAACAAAAAAGUGGAAGAGAAUUUGAAAACUGCAUAAAAAGCUGGUCAUGUUCUGUGUUACGAUGAGCAACCAAUAAAUUUAAUAAACAGUA